AUGUUUUUCUCCCAGCAACCAACACACCUCGCUCGUGCCGAGGAAUUGAGACAAGAACCUCCCAAGGGCACUCCAUAUUCGGUUGCCAUUCCUGGUACCGAGCAACCCGGACGGAGCAAAGUCUACCGUGCUUGGAAUCUCCAGAAUGAGCUUUUAAGGACCUUGGACCCCAAGAUUCUCACGGCACAUGAUGUCUUCGAGUCGACCGCGAAUCGAGCCCCAAAAGCCCAUUGCCUCGGAUGGCGUCCUUACGACCCGGUCACAAAGACCUAUGGCCCUUACCAGUGGCUGGACUAUGAGACCGUUCGAAAGCGAAGAGCCGCGUUUGGUGCCGGCUUGGUGGAACUGCACGACAAGCAUGGCUGCGGACGCUCGGGACCAUACGGGAUUGGAUUGUGGUGUCAAAAUCGGCCAGAAUGGCAGAUAACUGAUCUGGCAUGCAUGUCCCAGUCCCUCUACUCGGUCUCGAUCUAUGAUGUCCUCGCCUCGGAUGCCACCGAAUAUAUUAUCAACCAUGCUGAACUGAACUGUGUUGUCACUUCCUUGCCGCAUAUUCCCACUCUGCUCAAGCUCAAGCCCUCUUUGCCCAAUCUUAAGAUCAUCGUGUGUCUGGACCCUCUGGAUGCUGGCGAACCCGCCGGCCACUCAAAGCGUGCGCUCCUGGAAUCCACCGCUGCCGGUCUGGAUGUCGCAAUCUAUACCAUGGAUCAGGUUGAGGCACUGGGCACCGCUUCGAAUCGUCCGUGCGUGCCUCCGUCUCCUUCGGACAUCGUCACUAUCAACUAUACCUCCGGCACUACCGGUCCUCCAAAGGGUGUGGUUUUGACCCAUGAGAAUGCCGUGUCUGCGGCCUCUGCCGCUCUCAUCAACAUUCAGCAGGCCCCAGGUGACACGAGUUUGUCUUAUCUCCCGUUGGCCCAUAUCUAUGCCCGUUUGGCGGAGCAUACCGCUUUCUGGGCGGGUGCGCGUAUCGGCUACUUCCACGGUAACAUCGUUGAACUGGUUGACGAUAUCAAGGUGUUGAAACCUACGGCAUUCAUGUCUGUCCCGCGUCUUUACAGUCGCUUUGGCAACGUCAUUCGUGGUGCCACCGUAGAACAACCCGGCUUCAAGGGUGCUCUGUCAAGACACAUUGUUGCCGCCAAAACUGCCAAUCUGAAGAAUCCCGACCCUAGCAAAGCCACCGUGAAGCAUGCUCUAUACGACCGAAUCUGGGCCAAGAAGGUCGCUGCGGCCAUUGGAUUGGAACGGUGUAGAUUCAUGGUUACUGGCUCGGCGCCCCUGGAUCCCUCCUUGCACAACUUCCUGAGAGUUGCCCUUGGAGUCGACUUCAUCCAGGGUUACGGUUUGACCGAGACGUACGCCAUCGCAAGCUCGCAGUCUGCAAAGGAUCUUACCGCCGGCAACUGUGGGCGCCUCGCUCCGUGCACCGAAGCCUGUCUAAUGUCUCUGCCUGACAUGGAAUACUCGGUCGAUGACAAGCCUUUCCCACGGGGUGAGUUACUUCUGCGCGGUACAAAUAUCUUCAGGGAAUACUUCAAGAACCCGGAGGAGACAAGCAAAGCGAUGACCGAGGAUGGUUGGUUCCGCACUGGGGAUGUCUGCACAAUUGAUGAAAUGGGUCGCAUUAUCAUCAUCGACCGCCGGAAGAAUGUCCUCAAGCUCGCCCAGGGAGAGUACAUCUCUCCUGAACGGCUUGAAGGUGUCUACCUGUCCGAGCUUGGUUACUUUGCUCAAGGCUACGUUCAUGGCGACAGCGUUCAAACAUUCCUGGUUGGCAUUUUCGGUGUCCAGCCAGAUGCAUUCGCUCCGUUUGCUAGCAAAGUUCUCGGUCGGACAAUCGACGCUACAGACAUCGAGGGACUGAAAUCGGUUCUGAGUGAUGACAAGGUCCGCAAGGCUGUGCUGAGGGACCUCGAGAAGGUCGCCAAGAAGCACAAGCUUGCGGGUUACGAAAGGGUCAAGAACUGUGCCUUGCUCAUUGAGCCUUUCUCAGUUGAGAAUAACCUGCUGACACCAACUCUCAAACUGAAGCGUCCUCCUACCGCGAAGCAGUAUCGCCAGCUCCUGGACCAGCUUUAUGCGCAGGCUCUGGAAGAACAAUCUGCUCCCAAGGCUAAGCUGUAG